AUGUCCCCCAUGAUCAGAGCUGAGUUCCUCCUUGGCUUGGCCCCAUACUGCAAGAUGGACACAAAUACCCCUGAAACACAGUGGGAGAGGUCGUCCAUAGGGGUGAGAAAGAUGAUGGUGCCCUGGACACCAGACUGUGGCAUGGCAGGGAGACGCUUCAGCCUGCUCAGGCUGUUCCGGAGGAAGAAGGAGGAGGAAAGCCCUGGAGCUGCUCCAGCACAGCAGCCUGAAGAGGUGCAGCAGGUGCAGCCCCCGCAGGAGGGCCAGGAGCGGACAGAAGAGCAGCUCCGUGCCCGUGGCCGCUUCCGCAGGGCAGCACAGACAUUUAUGAAAUUCAUGGGCAGUCGGCGUAGAAAGUCCAGGGUCACACCAGCUGAUGUCCAGGCCCAGCCUGACACCAUCCCGACCCAGCUGACAAAGCCUGAUGUCAGCACCGCGUCGACUGCUGUCCCAGCACAGUGUGACACCACAACCAGUGAUCACACAACCCACUGGGACACCACGUCAAUCGAUGAUGUGUCACACUGUGACUCUGUGCUGCCUGGUCUCACGGAGGAGGCCGACGCCAGAACGACGGAGGGCGUGGCGAGCACUGAGGCCGCGCCUGUUCAGCGCCUGGUCGAUACCCCCAGCCUGGACUUUCUUGAGGAGAGAGCUGUCUCUGCUGAAGUAGCCAUAACACCAGAUGGAGACAUGCAGCAGAGACCCCCCACGGUGCCCAAGCUGGCCUGGGUGAAGGAGGAGGAGAAGGAGGAAAGCCCUAGGGCUGCUCCAGCACAGCAGCCUGAAGAGGUGCAGCAGGUGCAGCCCCCGCAGGAGGAUGCAGGCCAGGAGCGGACAGAAGAGCAGCUCCGUGCCCGUGGCCGCUUCCGCAGGGCAGCACAGCUGGUUUGCAGAUUCAUCAGGUGCAUUUGGCACGAAGAGGCCACUUUCAUGGCCCAUGGGGACACGGCAAACUUGGACCUCUUCAAUGCCCAGACCAGCGCUGCCCUGUUGGAUUUGCUUGUGGAGAACGGUGUCUACAAAGCAAACCUUUGA